CAAGAAUUAGAUAUUUAUUAUAACUCUUGGACUGAUUUAAGUUUUGAUCAAAAUGAUCAACAACCUGUACCUGAUACUCUAUCUAUAGAAGAAGACCUACCAACUGAACAAGAAACCUUACAAUCUAUAUCUAUACAAUCUUAUAAUAUUGAGGAUACAGAAAAUACCCAAGAUCUAUAG